CUUGUUGACAGAUGUCAGCGGGACCACGUGACUGACACCGCCAGUCAUCGAGCCACAGUGCGCCACACCACGUCUUCGAAUGGCCAACCACCGAGCGGGUCAAAGCUGUCGUCUCCCGCAUCAGUGUCCAGCUCCGUCUCUCACGAUCCAACCACGCGACUCGAAAACAGGUUUUUGGAGAGCUGGCUGCUGUUUUCAAUCAUCAUUAUCAAGUCGAUAACCGAUAUUCAUCCAAUUACACCGCAGUGCCACGCACACCGCUGCCUCGCAACCCCCCUCCUGUUACCCCUCCACAGUUCCAUCGAGCCCCUCGACGAUGGCGGUAAAUCGAAUUAGGGGCGCCUUUGCGCCGCCUCGCAAGGGUGAGACCUUUGAGCUGCGCGCUGGAUUGGUCUCCCAGUAUGCAUAUGAAAGAAAAGAAUCCAUUCAGAAGACCAUCAUGGCCAUGACACUUGGCAAGGAUGUCUCCGCCCUGUUCCCUGAUGUCCUCAAGAACAUUGCCACUGGUGAUCUUGACCAGAAGAAGCUGGUAUAUCUGUAUUUGAUGAACUACGCCAAAUCACACCCCGAUCUUUGUAUUCUCGCUGUCAACACCUUUGUACAAGAUUCAGAAGAUCCGAACCCGUUAAUUCGAGCCCUGGCUAUUCGAACCAUGGGUUGUAUUCGAGUCGACAAGAUGGUGGAUUACAUGGAAGAACCAUUACGGAAAACAUUACGAGACGAGUCGCCCUAUGUGCGCAAGACAGCCGCCAUCUGUGUUGCCAAGUUAUUCGACCUGAACCCUUCAAUGUGUAUUGAGAACGGAUUUAUCGAAACGCUUCAGGAACUCAUUGGCGACUCCAACCCGAUGGUUGUCGCCAACUCUGUUCAAGCUCUGUCAGAGAUUAGUGAAACAUCUCCCGAGACGCGCGCUCUCGUCAUUACCCCACCGACAUUGAAGAAGCUUCUCAUGGCCCUUAACGAAUGCACAGAAUGGGGACGUGUCACUCUCCUCUCUACACUGGCUUCCUACGUGCCAUCUGAUGUCAAGGAAGCUGAACACAUUUGCGAGCGUGUUACCCCCCAGUUUCAACAUGUUAACCCGAGUGUCGUCUUGGCCGCUAUCAAGGUCGUCUUCACACAUAUGAGAUCCAUCAACCCUGAGCUCGUCGGUUCAUACCUUAAGAAGAUGGCCCCCCCUCUUGUGACAUUGGUUGCGUCUGCUCCUGAAGUGCAGUAUGUUGCCUUGAGAAACAUCGACCUCCUCCUCCAAGCGAAGCCCGACAUUUUGAGCAAAGAGCUGCGAGUAUUCUUCUGCAAAUACAAUGACCCUCCCUACGUUAAGCUUCAGAAACUCGAAAUCAUGGUCCGCAUAGCAAACGAGAAGAACUUUGAGCAGCUACUUGCCGAACUUCGGGAAUACGCCCUUGAAGUCGACAUGGACUUUGUUCGUCGUGCUGUCAAGGCCAUUGGUCAGGUUGCCAUUAAGAUUGAGAGCGCCAGUGCCAAGUGUGUGCAAGUCCUGGAGGAUCUUCUUUCCACCAAGGUCAAUUAUGUUGUCCAGGAAGUGGUGGUUGUUACCAAGGACAUCCUGAGAAAGUACCCCGACUUUGAAGCUGUUAUUCCUACGCUAUGCGACCAUAUUGAUGAGCUUGACGAGGCUAAUGCCCGAGGCUCGUUGAUUUGGAUUGUUGGAGAGUACGCCGAAAAGAUCAACAACGCUCACGAAAUUCUAGACUCAUUUGUUGAAGCGUUCUCUGAAGAGUUCACACAGACCCAGCUGCAGAUUUUGACUGCCGUUGUGAAGCUGUUUUUGAAGAAGCCCAACAACAGCCAGAGCCUCGUCCAAAAGGUGCUCCAGAUGGCUACUGUUGAGAAUGAUAACCCUGAUAUUCGCGACAGAGCGUAUGUGUACUGGCGUCUCCUUUCGGGCGACCUGGAAGUUGCAAAGAACAUUAUUCUGUCACAGAAGCCUACCAUCUCGACAACCAUGACCAGCUUGCCUCCUGCGUUGCUGGAGCAGCUGCUUGCUGAGCUAUCGACGCUAGCCUCUGUGUACCACAAGCCUCCUGAGUCGUUUGUCGGCAAGGGCCGCUUUGGUGCCGACGCAAUCCAGCGCGCUGCUAUCCAAGAACAGCGCCAAAUUGCGGCCGAAGACCCUAUCGCUGCUUCUGUUGCCGCUGCCGCUAAUGGCAACACUGCGCCCAACAACAUCGAGAACCUGCUCGACAUCGACUUUGACGGAGCAGCACCCGCGUCUGCGACACCAGCGUCGGCUGAUACCUCCCGUACUGGUACACCUGCGGCUGGAGGCGGCAUGGCUGAUAUGAUGAGCAUGUUCGACGCUCCUCCUGCGCCAAGUGCUGCCGGCGCUGGCGCUCCAGCUAUGGGAGGCGGCAUGGGAGACUUGAUGAACGGCUUUGACGGUCUCAACUUUGGCGGCGAAUCGUCACAGGCUCCAGCCAUGCAACCUCAGAGCACACCGGUUGCUCCAUCGCAGCCUGCGCAGCAAAAUGAUAGCGAAGAUUUGUUAGGCCUAUUGUAAAGCGAUGCUGAAAAAUAAAGGGAAUGCGAACAGUUGGCACAUGUAUAUAGACCGGAGGACAGAGUUAUGAUCUUAAAAAGGAAAAAGAAAUCAUUUCGUUAUAUUUUCAUUCAUUAGCAACCAGUGACCCCGUGAUGAUAUGUCUCUCUAAAUAAAACCCACGACUGCGCCUGCAUCUAAGAAAAGCUGUAUUCCUCACGCCGAAGUGCCAUCGACCUUGCCGUCGACCGUUCCCUCUAGAGACGGGGCGACCUUGCCGGCAUCACGCUCCCACUCCUCAGGGGUCUGGCACUUUGCUGUCCAGGCGUGGAUGGCGGCGAUUUCUUCCUUGAGAGCGGCGUUGACGAGACGGUGGCGCUUGAGGGAGUUGAGGCCGGAGAACUUGGAGGAGACGAUGAGAGUUGUGAAUGCUUGUCCGCAGCCGC